UGGAGGACAAAGUUGUUCUGGUGAACCUGUGAUGAAGCUCUAUCAUUACUUGGUAGCUACAUUCUCCUAUCCAUAGACGUGCCUUACACGCCGGACUACCGUGUUCGCGGUAGUUAAUAGGAGACGCUGUGUGCUUCGAAAGAAGUUACUCUCAUGAUCAUCGUCAGACGUUUUCAGGUAAUAUGACAAGGCUUGUGCACUGGUUCGUACUCGGUUCAAUCACUGUACUGCCACUGUUACCCUUGAUGGUCCCUCGAGGCUGCUGGUCGUAGGAGGUAUUUGAGUCAGCCGAGACAUCCUCAGACUCCCCAGAUUCUCAAACGGCACUCUCAUAGAGACCUACAUCGUCAACCGAUUCAGUGCCACCGACCAACCGACGAAAUCUUCAUCUACAACUGUCGAAAUUCUAGUCAUGGGUGGAGGACAGUCACAUCACAGGGAGCCAGACUGGGGAGCAAUUCGUGCACAACAAGAAGCUGAAGCUCGCGCUCGCGCUCGCGCCGCAGCUGAAGCUGCUCGUCAAGAAGCAGAACGUGCCGCUCAGGCAGCCCGUGCUGAGGUCGAACGGCUCAUGCGCGAGGCGGAACAAGCACGACGGCGCUUUGAAGCGGAACAAGCAGAGGCAGCCAGGAGAGCGCAAGCUGCUCGCGAAGAGGCUGAACGACAGCGCCGCGAGAGAGAGCAAGCCGAGCAGGCGGCACGUGCUGCCCGCGAGGCUGCAGAAGCACGGGCUCGCGAAGAAAGACAACGUGCCGAACGACUGGCGCGAGAAGCUGAAGAAGAGAGGCGCAGACAGCAAGCUGCUGAAGAAGCUGCUAGGCAAGCUGCCGUCGCUGCCCAGCAAGAACGGGAACGGCAACAGAGAGCUAGGGAAGAGGAAAACAGAAGACUCCAAGCCGAGAGGGAAGCAGCUGAGCGCGCCGCACAAAGGGCUGCUGAAGAAGCCAGACAAGCUCAAGCUGCGAGAGAGGAAGCCGAGAGACAAUUGCGAGAUGGCACCCGACCUGUGGUCGUGCCUACCCCUGAAGAAUAUUCUGCUUUCAGAGCUAAGAUACAGCAUACCGGAGGUUUCUUCCAUGUUGCCGUCAGCGGUAUAGCUGGUAGCGGCAAGUCGUCGCUGGUUAACGCGUUCCGGGGCAAGCACAAUAUGGAUCUUGAUGCCGCCGCGGUCGGCGUGAACGAGACUACUCUCGUGGUGGCCAGAUACCCUGAUCCAAAUCCAUCCAGCCGCUUCGUCUGGUACGAUGUUCCCGGAGCGGGUACAUUAAAGGUCCCCGAUUGGAAAUACUUCAAUGAUCAAGGACUCUUCGUCUUCGACUGCAUCAUCGUUGUGGUCAACAAUCGCUUCACUGCCACUGAUGUCGCUAUCCUUUCCAACGCUAGGCGCUUUGGCAUUCCCGCGUUCAUCGUCCGCUCUAAAGCGGAUCAGCACAUCAGGAACCUAAUGAAAGAUAUAGGCUAUAACAGUGACGAUGAAGGUGGAAACAAGGCUAGUUACUUUGCGCGGGCGCGCGACCAAUACGUGGCAGAAACCAUCCGUAGCAUCAGGACUAACCUCCAAGAGGCGAACUUGCCUGAUCAACCGGUCUAUCUCGUGUCGAACGUUUCUCUACAAACAACUGUCGUUGGCAAGGCACCGAAGAAGAUACUGGAUGAGGUCAAACUGCUCACAGAUUUGGCGGGCACGGCUCACAGAUCCGCGUAGGGUGUAUGACAAUGGUUUGGGCUUGGUUUGGAGCCGCAGAUGCUUUUCUACUUUUGUCGCAUGAAUCUGUAAAUAUACAUGCUCUCAGUAUUUGUGCAGUUCAGUGACUUCAGUCGUAGGGACGACCUGUAGUAGAUACCGUUCAUGUACUAUAUUUCAAUAGCACGAUUUUCUUCAA